UGUAAAACGGUAUGGUAUUUUCUGGUACGGUCACACUGUCCCUGUCUGCAAAAUAUUUUAAACAAAAAGUGCUUUUAAUUAAGUAAUUUUGCCAGCCAUUGUUUAUAUUUGUGAUGUUGUGAGGCUGUUUAACGGUUGUGCGACGACCUUGUUCGUUGGGAUAACGGGUUUUAGCAGUUUUUCGUGGCCUUAUAUCGCUAGCCCGCUCGCUCCAAGGCAUUCGGCAUCGACCUUUUCCUGUGAAUUUCCACAUACUCCUCCCGCAAUUUACACACACAAUUUAUAAUUUAUUUUUGCGCUGAAGAAGCCGUAAGAACCGAAAAUGUGCGAGUGCUGAUAAUUUCUGCAGCGGUUGCUUCCGCCUAAUUUUGUGCAACAUGCGGCAGGUGGGGAACGGUACUGCUGCUGCUGCUGCCACCUUCGCUCCCAUCAAAGAGUUCUCUUCUAAAAUCCAGCCAAGAGGCAACAAAAACAACAAAGGACGCCAGCAGCUGCAAGCCCACGCCCACGGCUCCUCCCCCGCUGCCAACGCCUCUGUUUUCGAUUUAUAGUAGUCAUGCCAACAACAACUACAACAAAAAUCGAAGAAGAGGUAGCCGGAAUAAGGCAACAAAAUAGCGAUACGCCAAUGGCGACCCCAACAAAAACACCAACAACAACAACGGCAACAAGAAGGGAAGACCCAGAAGCUGCAGCGGCAACGGCAGUAGCGGAAUAUACUGCAACCAAAACUGCAGCCAUAUCAAAGACUUCAAUUAAAAAGGCCACUGAGGAUCAAGUGGCCCAACAGGCAACGCCGUCGCCGUCGCCGACGCCGACGCUGCUCCCACUGCUUGCCUCGGCGGCUGCAUGCCACAAGCCGUUGCUCUUCUGUAGACGCUUCCAGGAUAAAAGGAACUUUAGCUCGCUUCCGCUUUUCGUUUACGCGACAUCGCCCUCCACGCACGCCCACUCCGCCGACGGCGUGGGUGUGGCCAAGGAGGCAGCCGCUUUUAGCCACAAGAAUGAAGGCUUCGAACUACCCGCAACGCAUGGCAUCAGCAAAACGGACGGAAGCUGCAUCAGCCACCUCAGCCAAGGUAACGGAAACGGAAGCGGGAAUCAUCACCAUCUCGUUGGACCCUUGCGCAGCACAGACCUGGCCAGCGGGGCCAUGGAGUGCCUGCCGAUGAGCAGCAGUGCCCACCAUCCCCAUCUGAUGGCAAGUGCAGUGGCGGCAGCGGCGGCGGGAGGAGCGGUCGCCGCCUCGCCCACAGCGACCGUGGUCGUAGGGGCCACAUACCCGCACCACCUGCACCACCACCAUCUUAGCCACCAUACGCCCUACAGCAACAGCUACGGCAGCCAUCACAAUAUCCACAGCGAGCAGACCAAGUCGCUGCAGGAGCUGCAGCACGAGGUCGGUGCCCUGCUGGAGUUCCGGGAUCUGGUCAUCGAAACUUUUCCCGAUCUCAAGCACAAGAUGGCCUCCAUGUCCGCCACACCGUCGACACCCACCUCCUCGGUAGGGCCCAUGGGUGGCAGCCACUCGGUGGGUGGCGGCAGCUCCUCAUUAGCCACCAGCAGACGCGAGUGGGAGCCAGGCAUACGCAUGAAGCGAAAAUUGUCGCACAAGGAACCGUCCACGUCGUCGGCGACGGCAGCCAACUCCUCCUCCGGGGCGGAGGCGUCGUCCUCGUCGCUGACACGCAGCCGCAGCAACUCGCACAGCGGCAAGAAAGAGCCAAAGAGCGGAGAGAACAACAACGGGAGCGUUGUCCAAGACUCCGGCUUCUCAACGGAGACCAGUUCCUCCAAGGAGGGCCACAGUGCCUCCUCCACCAACGGUGCUAUGACGGUGGCCAUAGCAGCCAAUCGCCUCAGUUGCGCGGAAUCUGAUGAUGAGCUGCUUAACCUGCUGGACGUCAUACACCGCAAGUCGAAUCGCUUACGGGAGGAGGUGGAGCAGCUGCAGAGCUACGAACGCCAGCAGGAGGAUGCCCAGAAGGGGGGCGACAGCAAGGGUAGCGGCUCCAAGGCAAUGACGCCCCAACAGUUCCGCGAGCAGGUGGAGCGGCUGAACCGCGAGGAUAUCAAGCAGCUGCGCAGGGAGCGCGAUAGAUUGCUGGACAAACUGGCCGAAAUGGAGGCCGAGACUCUGACGGGGCGGAUCAAGGCGGCGAAGAUGAGCGACCAGGUGGAGGAACUGAUCGGCGUUAAAAAGGAUCUCGAGGAGCAGCUGAAGCUGGCCAUGGCGCAAAAGUUAGAGCUGAGCUCGCGAGUGCAGCAACUGCAGCAGAUGCAACAGCAACAAAGCAAGAGCUCUUCCAGCGCCAGUCAGUCGGAUUUCUCCAGUCAACGCAACUUUCUAUCCUCAGCCACCACGGUGCUCUCCAACGGCAGUCGCCAAUCCCACAACACAUUCCAGCCGGUCGUCCUUGAUCAGCCAGCUCAGGAAGCAUUCCAUCAAAGCUCCAGCAGUGAUAUAGCAACCUUGAAGAAACAGCAGCAGCAGUCAUUGGGUCGCCUCGAUGGCAUCGUAAGCACGCCGGGGGUGCGAAACUCCAAAUGCCGGCUGACGGAUUCCAAGCGAUUUGCGGCCAUUCUGCUGGAGACGAAUGUGCUGGAGCUGCAGCGACACCUGCUCACCCUGUCCGUUCAGAACCAGGUGCUGGCCCAGAAGCUGGAGUCGUCCAGCAAGUCCAAGACGCAGCUGACCAAGCGGCUGGACAAGAGCUUCGAGGAUUCCGAGCAUCUACGCUAUCAGCUGGAGGAGAAAAGCAUUGAGCUGGAGGGAACCAAGGCGCAGCUGCGCCUCGUGGAAUCUCGCCUCCAGGCGAGCAACAGCACCGCCAAUUCGUAUUUGAACUCCUCCCAGCAUGAUUACGAGACGAAUCGCUCUUCGGCUUCCACCACCCUGAUGCUGAGUCGUCGCGGAGUCUCGGAUUCGGUGGACUCCACAUCGACGGCCAUGCCUGCCCCGCCAGUUACGCAAAUCAGCACGCCCAGCAUGAAGGCGAUGGUGCCGCUGGCCAUGGAUGAACUGCAGCAGCACAGCAGCAGUACAGAGUCGGCGCAUGAGCACGAGAACCAGCAGCAGCAGCAACAGAAUCAGCAGCAGCCAGGUCUGCGAACGCCCAACUCCACCCUGAGCAAGACGAUCACUGCGAGUCCUUGUCCCGUGGGCAGCAGCACACCCAGUAGUAUUGCUGCCCGGGUGAUGAGCACCAGUGUGGGCGGAGUGAGUCCCUUUGAUUCCUCAAACCCGACAGGGCGGCAAAGUGCGUUCCGCAAGUUCAACAGCACCAGCAAGCCCAGCAAGAUUCCACUUCCGGGCAGCAAGGCGGCAGCCUAUUUUACGGGCAAACCACCAACUGGCAGACCUGCAACGGCGGGACGGUCGCCCCCAUCGGCGCACAACUCCAGUAGCACCUCGUACGGCAGCAAAUCCUCGCUGAGCCGCAGCACCGGCAACCUGCAGAGCUUGAGGAGAGCGGACACAUCCGCCUCGAACCACUCGCUGAGCACGAAUACGAGUCGGAGCUCAACCUCGUCUUCGAUUCCGCUGGCCACCACACCCUAUUCAUCCGGAUCGACUGGCGGUAAUCGCAGCCAGCCGGCCGGUGCAACGACUCCGUCCCCGCGUGUGCUCCAGAAUUCGCCGCUGCCCAAGCUGAAGAGGGAUACGAUCAGUUCGCGAGUGCGCCACUUGGACUCGCUGUCGAGGGAGGGCGGAGGCAAAGGCGGCAUCACCGGCGGCUCCAUUGCCGCCCAGCUAAGCUCGACGCUGCGCAAGGAUCUCCAGCUGAGCGGCAACUCCGCCGCGGGCGCACCGUACCACCACAGACGCAGCGCCCACUCGCCGGCCAGUGAACGGGCCCAGGCGCUGGGCGUGUCCCGGCGGUACAGUAGCGCCUCGGCGGGGGGCAACGCUGGGCGAACGAUCGGGAGGGAUCAGGGCGACACUCUGGGGCUAGCCACCACGCCCACUUCCAGCUUUGGCGACAGUGAUAGUGGCAAGUAUUUGGCCAACCCACCCGUUGAAAAGCCAAAUUUCCGUCCCCAUAACCAAAAUUGGCAACUCUGGCAAACGAAUAUGAUCGAAGAGGAAUUCCUGCAUCCGAGGCAGCUUUUCGAUGUGUCCGAGGAGACGGCCUACGACUCCUACUAUACCCAUUACACAUCGCCCGAUUCCAUGGACUGUGGCAGCGACAAUCUCCUGGUCACCUUCGACUAUGGCUACAGUGACUCCAUUGAGGCAAGAGCUGAUACCGAUCCUGGCGACCUUAAGGAUGAUCGGGGCGAAGGCGCUGAUCCCGAUGCGGAUGCCGAGGGAGCUAUUUGGUUCGGCACUCCGUCGAAAGACAAGAAAGAGGCGAACCUCUUCGAGGUGCAUCAUGUGCAGCACAAGCUGCUGGAUGACAGCAUGCAGUCGCUGAUUUCCUAUGAUGUGGAUGAUUUUGAGGAGGAGGAGCUAUCCGAUGCAGAACCGGAUCAGGAUGAGGAGAUCUUCUACGACAGCAUUGAGUGCGUUUGAGUUUGAUCCUCUCAAUCCCUAUAAUCUGUCUAUCAUAUCUAAACUAGUCUUUGAUUUCGACGAACUUCCUGCACACACUUUGUAUAAUUAAUUACCAGGCUAAAAGGGAUAACUAUGUAUGUGUAUGUGUAGCCGUAGUAUAGUGUUA